AUGGAUUUGGCCAAAUAUCUAGCAGUGCUGGUGUUAUUUUUCUUCGAUGGAGGCGAGACUGGCGGCCACGGAGAGAAACACCAUACUCAUGUGAAAGUGCACAUCCCGGAGUUUAUACACCACGAUCACCAUAAGAAGGUGAUAACCAUCCACCAUCAUCACCACAAGCCAAAGAAGGAGCAUCAUCACCACCAUCAUCACCACCACAAGCCUCACAUACCAUAUGGGCACCACUACCAUCAUACACACAAGAAAACGCACACUGUAUUGAAGGGUACUGAGACAAAGAACCAAGGCCAUCACGGACAUCAUGAACAUCAUGGUCACCAUCGACACCAUGGCCACCAUGGCCAUCACGGUCACCACGGGCACCACCAUCACGACACUCCAUCGUACAGUUACGAACCCAGUUCAGUACCUUCGUACGAGGAUGAUUAUGCAUCCUCUGGUCCGUCGGUACCGUCCUAUUCUCCGAUCACUAUUCAGUCCCCCCAUGUACAUGGCAUACAACACACAAUAAAACAGGUCAAAGUCUUCGAUUCAUUACCAGGAGGAUUACCCAGUGCUGGUAAAUCCCACGGGUACCAAGUCACCGAAGAGGACGACGGGGAUGAGGGUGAAGACCACUUUACUUCACUCGAAGGUAUUCAGCAGGCAUACCCGGGCACCUACAGCUUCAUCAGCGGCGUGUCCUCCGAUCCUGUUACGUCACACGAUCCGUUUGCACAAUUGUCUCCACAUAGCGGUGUGCAAUCCUCGAAUAGCGAUCUGUUUGCAAACUCUCCGUUGCCCACUUCCAUAUCGGACGUCGAAACGUUUACUGGUUCUGCUCAGCACAAUCCAUUUGCGUCUUUGGGACCGACGCAAAGCGCGUUACCAAGCGCACAGUCUACGCCAGAGUUUUCAGUAAGUUUCCAUGGAGAUGAUGGUGGAUUUGAUAAUCCAGAGAAUUCUUUCGUCGGCGACAUUGACGGGACGAACUUGUUAUUGAGUGAUGACAAAUCCAUUAGCGAAGAUGCCCCAGUCUCCUUUCAAAGAGAAGCCGGCGUUCAGGAGUCUAUUACGACCGGUGGGGUCGAGAGUGUCACUUAUUAGUUGUAAAUUAAGUGUUAAUGUAUUUAAAGUACUGCAGUGAUCGAUUACUAUAAUUGUGAUAAAUACGUACACACAAAUUGUAAACCGUAUCAUGAAAACAAACGGAUUUCCAUCAAAAAAGA